AUGGGGACGGAAUUAGUCUUUCUUGCCACUGGUCGUCGCGCCAAUACCAACCACAUCUCCGAUCUUCCACUCAAGCUUGCCAGUACACCGCAUGGCGGAUUCGUGGUUUCGAACACUCUGCAAACAUCGAUCCCCGAGGUGUACGCCGCUGGUGAUUGCGUUGCCGAUUCUCCGCAGUACGUUUAUACUGCUGCCGCGGAAGGGCAGCUCGCUGCGCUUAAUGCUCUGGGAACGCUCUGCGGCCGGGAACCAAGGGAGAUAGACUACGCAGCCGUUCCGUGGGUGGUCUUUACAUCUCCGGCUGUCGCGGGCGUUGGCUUAGGUCUUUCCGAGGCUCGUGCCAAGGGAAUUGAUGCCGACGCAUCGCGUCUCCCUCUUCGCCUCGUUCCGCGUGCCCUGGUACAACAAGAUACGCGGGGUUUCGUAACCCUGAUCCGGGAUAAGAGCGAUGACCGCAUCGUAGGUGCGCGUGUGCUAGCCGAAGAGGGAGGCGAACUGGCAAUGGAAGCAUCGCUUGCCGUGCAGUACAAGAUCAAGGCCAAAGAUCUGGCAGCGAUGUUUCAUCCGUAUCUCACCUGGAAUGAGGCGUGGAAACUGGCAGCGCUAGGGUUCAACAAAGACGUAGAGACGCUAAGUUGCUGCGCAACAUAA